CAGCACUAAUGAGAACAAAAAAAAAAUACCGAGAACGUCCCCGUUGGAGGAAUUAAACGCGAAAAUUGCGUGAAAAAUCGAGAAAAAGCGCUGCAACGGGGCGGCUAAACGGGCAACGGGAAAGUGCAAUAACAACCAGCGGUGCUAGCGGGCAGCUGGAAAAGCGCGACAACGGCGGCAGUGCGCAAAUGUAAAAUGCACGGAAUAUUCGCAUGUGCAGUGUGAUAAUAAAUAAACGCCACAAAAUUCGGAGCGACGACGCAGGGGCAAACACACCAAUACACACGUACGCCAUACACACCAAUACCAGCCCAGUGCAGAGCAGCAGCGGCGGCGCGUGUGUGUGUCCCCUCCUCCUACAACUACUGGUAUUUUCUAUUUGUUGUUGUUGCGCGCCCGUAUACGUGUGCGUGUGUUUGUGGUGUGCGCGCCGUGUUAUCACAAAGGAGCUGAAAAUCCAGGAGACUGGCGGCAGCGACGACAACGACAGCAGAAGCAGCACCAGCAGCAGCAACAACAACAACACGCAGCUUCUUAUCACACUGCGCAUGCGAAUAGGACCGCCGCCCGCCCAGCGCCAGUAAGGGGACUGAAGGCGA